AUGGCAAGACCUAGUGCAAAUUUGAAGGAAAUCAAUGAAAGUAAGGAACUAUGGAAAAUCGCCGUCAGAAUCCAUCACAAAUGGACAGUUUUGUCAAAGACCAGAGAGCACUUCGAAUUGAUUCUGGUUGAUAAAGAGGGUACUGAUAUUCUCUACAGAGUACCAAGUGCGCUUAAACAGACUUAUGAUUCUAUUUUAACAGUUAACAACACAUAUACCAUCUCAAAUUUCCAAGUUACUUUGAAUGAUCUUAUGUUCAAGCCUUCCCAGCACAAAUAUACCUUAACUUUCACUGGUGGUACUUCUGUGUCUGACAAGAACAAACACGACAUACCACAAAAAACACUUAUCUUCACUCCUUUUGGUGAUAUCCUUACCGGCAAGGGGAAUAGGGAUGUGUUGAUUGAUAUCAUAGGAAUCGUUGUGGAAAUUGGAUACACCCAGAUUCACAAUUCGAACAAAAAACAGCAGAUCAAUUUGGUCCUCAAGGAUUUGGGAAACAACACCCUGAAUUGUACAUUAUGGGGAAGUUUUGCGGUCCAAUUUCAUGAUUUCAAUAGUUCCAGAAAAGAUUUCACAAUACCAACGGAAAAUGUUUCCAACACAUUCAACAUUACUAAAUUGCACAUCAACGAUCAUCUCCCUGAAAUUCAUAACUUCUUAAAAAGCAUCCCAAAACUGCCAAUGGGCGAAAUAUCAUCCGAACGUAUGGGUGCCAUUUCACAACAUUCACAACCAAGCGGUACUACUCACCUUAGCCCUUAUGAAAAUUUCAUGUAUAAGGCUACAUUACUCCCUCUGCGCGAUAUUAUUACUCAGUGUAUAACCGUGGAAAAAACUUCCAGACUCAAGGUUGUACCUGGUGGAUGGCAUUACAAAGCUUGCGAUGCUUGUACAAUGGUUGCUAAAGGUAUCAACCACCAUAUGUUUGUGGCAAAGGACACCGUACAGAGACUGAAAUUUACCGGUAAUACACCUUACAAGUGUAAAAUUCUUAUUGAUGUUGUGCACGAAGGGUGUGAAACAACGUUUGUUCUAUGGGACCGUGAAUGUUUGCAGCUGUUGAAACUUACUUCGGCACAGAUGCGCAACACCAUGCUUGAGGCUGGGAUAUCUGACCCCCUUGAAUUUCCUUUAGCACUUGACGCUUUGGUCGAACUAGAUUUGGCAUUUAAGGUCAAGUGGCAGCCUUCAUGGAACAAUACAACUGUCGUAUCCAUCUACAAAGAUAAAACUGUGAUCAAAGACCUAGAGAAUUCAAUGCCUAAACCUUUGGCACCGUCUACAUCUUCUGCAACACCAAAGAAAUUGCAGAUUACUGAAAGUGUGAAUGAUGCUUUGCCAAUUGACGAUUGGAAUAUGGUUAAUGACGUUGACGUAACUUGA